AUGCGAACCGAGCUGGAAGAGUCAUUUGAUUUCUCUCGUGGAGUUGACCACUUCCAAUUGCGCACAAACCAGGGAGCGACAAGUAUGAGCCAUGAAGAAGAGGACGUUCUGCUUGCCGCUGGCCUCGAAAAGUUCGUGGAUGUCGAUGGUGAUACGGGCAGGAAGGUGCUCUCAUUCGCCCAUGAUUCAUUCCAUAACCCCGAAGCUCGCCAGUAUGAUAAGACGUCUGCACAGGACCGCUUGAACGCCAAUUUUUGUCGCUCACUCCCAACGAACGUGCAUGCCUUGAGAGCUUUAUCCUGCUCUGCAGCUGUGGAACAUUGGGAACGACUAGCUUCUUCGAGUUCCUUCAUUGGUGGGCUUUGUGCGGUUACUCCUAUCGCGGCAGCAUGGACGCCCUGA